CAGUCAAUGUGAGCAGAUAAUGAUGAAUAAAACUCUGUCGGUAUCCAAAGGAGUCGAAGUAAAAACAUUACAUAAUAUUUGGUCUCCCAUUCAAAUUGACUGAUGAAUUGUGAAAAAUCGAAAUUAUCUAUUAUUACACUGUUUUUUUGGAAGUUGUACUUUGAACUAGCUUUAGCCCGUGGCUUCCGGGAUGUAAAGGUACCAUAUAUGUCCUUCUCCAUAAUUCAAACUGACGACCUCGGUGGCGCAGUGGUAAAGUUCUUGCCACUGAACCGAGAGGUCCCGGGUUCGAUCCCCGGUCGGCUCAUGAUGGAAAAUAAUCUUUUUGUGAUUGAUCCGGUCUUGGAUGUUUAUCUAUAUAUGUAUUUGUUACAAAAUAUAGUAUCGUUGAGUUAGUAUCCCAUAACACAAGUCUCGAACUUACUUUGGGGCGAGCUCAAUCUGUGCGAUUUGUAUAUUUAUUUAUUUAUUUAUUAAACUACAUGUAUGCAAAAUUUCAAGAAGAUUGGUUGAGUAUUAGAUAGAGCGUGAAGAGGUAGCAAACAAACAAACUUUCUUUCGCAUUUAUAAUAUAAAGUUAGGAUAUUUGGACAGUGAAUGAAACGUAUCGAAGUCACUACUACAAUACCAUAUUUAACAACAUGUAACAAAUUCCCGUACUAUCCACACGUAGCACUACUUUAACCUGCGUCACUUGCAAUAGAUCACUGUGACGUGAUUACUGCCUUCGCGUAGCCAUUUCCCCUCCUGUCCACAUUAGUCCUUCCUCGACAGUAGCACUGCGGCGAUCAAAGAUGGCGCGUGCGUGGGCGCACAUACCGGCGGCGCUGGCGCUGCUGUUCGCAUUCGAUACAUUAGCCCAGCGGAAUCCUAUCAAGGAAGCAUUGUAUUUGCAUAAUGACAACUUCACAAACGUGUCGUUUGAAGACUGCGUGUGGAAGCGAGACAGAGAGCCUUGCCCUGAUCCGGACGUCUUUCUGCAUCUAUACACGGCAGCUGAGCCUGAGAAGAAAGUGGUAGACUUAUCAAGCGAGGAUUGGCUGCGACAGAGCGGGUGGGAGCCCACACACGAGACCAUCCUGCUCAUCCAUGGGUAUGCGGGUGGAGACGACACUCUGCCUAUCACCGUGCUGAGAGAUGCAUACUUGCGUCGAGGCGGCUAUAACGUGUUCAUGUUGGACUGGGGCGCCCUGUGCCAGCCUCCGUGCUACGUAGCGGCUGUCCACAACCUGCGGCCCGUAGCCCGAUGUGCGGCCGAAGCUCUAGGGUCCCUGAGAAGGGCCGGGCUCCGCCCCGACCGCCUCACCUGCGUGGGGCACUCGCUGGGUGCGCAUCUGUGCGGCAUCAUGGCUAACUUCCUCUCGUUUAGGCUGAACAGGAUCAUUGGUUUGGAUCCGGCGCGCCCUCUGAUUCGCUCCGCCCCGGCGCUCCGCUUAGACCCGGGCGACGCGCGUGCAGUGCACGUGUUACACACCAACGCCGGACGGUAUGGAGAGGCCUCGCGACUCGGACACGCCGACUUCUGCCUCAACGGAGGCCGCAGCCAGCCUUAUUGCGAGGAUACACCCAACGAAGCCCUAUGCAGCCACAUCUGGUCCAUCUGCUACCAGGCGGAGAGCCUGUUCCGCGCGCGGUCGGCGACGCCGUGCGGGCGGCGCUGCUCCGUGCGUGUGCCGCCCUCGCGCGCCGCCGUGCUGCCCGUGCUGCUGGGGCAGCCUGCGCCCAUGACAGCACAUGGUGCAUACUGCGUGGAGGACUUCACGACCCCGUUCUGUCCGCACACGUCCAACUUGCCCGAAGGCGACCGGCGCUGCUGCCUGGACGAUCAAUACGCGGCGGCGGCCAGCACUGAGCCGCAGCGCAAGCGCCCGCGCCCGCUCGUGCGCCUGCGCGCGCGCCGCCUCAAGCCCGGCGACGACAACGCGCUGCCAGAGGAUUGAGGCUCAUUUCUAUUGCGUCAAGAUAGUUUCAAGUAUGUUUCGUCAAAAAUGUCUCGUGUAAACAUCAAAUUCGUCGUAAGUUCAAUGCAUACAUUGUAAAAUUUAAUUCAAUUCAAAUAUUUAUUUUCAAGAUAUGAAAUUGUCUUUAUCUAUUGUGUAUACACAAUAGAUAAAGGCAAUUUGAUAUCUUCGUCACUUUAAUUACUACAUGUACAAUAAAAGUAAACCAUGUUGGGCAUUACAAUUUAAAUCUUUAAAGUGUAACGCACGGCAAACGAAUAUUAAUAUAACAAAAAAUACAAUUUAUAAAUAUUAAUCUAUAGUUGUGUACCUACUUAAUGAAAUGUAAACUUACGUUUACAUGUGAAAUUUUUGACGAACGAAACUGAUGUCGCUAGUAUCGUUUGAAAAUUGGGCUUUAGUAAACACGCUUGCACGACAUAGCUCGCGUUUUUUGGUGAAAAAUAUGUGAGAUACACACAUGCGUAUGUCCCAUAUUAUAAACACUUUUUUACAUUAAUUUAAGCAGCGAACAAGACUUUCAAUUUAAUAAUGGUCUUCCUCUAUGAGAACAAAAUAUUCGCAUUCAUACAAGUAUUCGCAUUCUUGGAUUCGAAAAUGCACCCAAGCAACAAGAUAUUUUUCUUUUUUUAAACC